AUGACAGUUAAUAAAGGCGACACUACGUUCGCGGAGAUCGUUGGUGCAGGGACUUCGUACGUGAGUUAUGCCAAGGCAGAGACGUGUAACUGUAACUGGGGCUGUAAACAUGGAACCUUUAGUAUAUCUACAGAGGGAACAGGCUUCAAAUUCAGCUCUUCGUUGUCCGUGAGUGGAUUCGGAUGGCAGCCAUAUGUAGGACCUCUUACUAAAAACAAUGACAACACGAAGAUGUCGGCAACUUGCGGGGGAUAUUGCGGCGGUUGUGUACAAAGUGGGUCCCUCUAUCUAUAUCAUGAUGAAAACACAGUGCUUGAUGAAAGCAGCGCAGUCCUCGCCAAAUGUGUCUGAAUCAAGGAUAGUUUUUCAUACCAGAUG